CUCCGCCCACCUCGCAACCUCCACCGUCCAUCUCCCUCCCUCUCCAUCUCUCUCUGUCUCUCUCCUCCGCGAUCUCUCUCUCUCUAUCUCUCUCUCUACACCAUUCACCUCCUUGGAUCGAAGCUCAGAAUCUCUCAUUCCAUGGUCGCUGUGGUCGUAGAAUCAUAGCUCACCAAGCUAGGGUGUCCCGGCUCUCCAUUUUCGACCAUGGUUUAGGACGAUUCUUAGCUCCUAAACGCGGAGCUUCAUACGUCUCAAUCGAGUGGGAGGAUUACAACAUGUUAGCGCGUCUGCGUGCCAGGAAUGUUGAUAUAUUUAUUAUUUAAUGGAUGUCAGAAAUGGAAGGUGAACUAAUUAGCACCACUAGUGAGGCCAAAGCUGACAUUGAGUCAGAAGAUGCCAAAACGGAAGUUUCCAUGGUUUCCAUCGAUAUUGAACCUUCAUCUGCACAUGACCUCGAUAGAGGUAAACUAGUUGCAUCACAAAGUGACAUAGACAUGGAACCAUGUGAAGGAAUGGAGUUUGAAUCAGAAGAAGCUGCUAGGGCAUUCUACAGUGCGUAUGCGCGACAUGUUGGCUUUAGGAUCCGCAUCAGUAGGUACACCCGGUCUAGGCGGGACAACUCUAUUAUUUCUCGGAGAUUAGUGUGUUCCAAAGAGGGUUUUCGUGAAGUGCGUGCCCAUGAAGGCUUCUUAAAGGAGCAAAGACACAGGCACCGAGCGAUCACUAGGGUUGGCUGCAAGGCAAUGAUUAUGGUUAAAAAGUUUGAACCUGGCAAAUGGGUAGUUACCAAAUUUGUGAAGGAACACAACCACGGGCCAGUGCCACCAAGAAAAGCCGAGAUUACGUCAGUUCGGCCUGAUCAUGAUUUGAUUGGGAAGCCAUACCUUAUUGGAGGUGAUACUCUUCAAGAACCAUUUGAGGGUAUGGAAUUUGAUUCUGAAGAUGCGGCGAAGUUGUUCUACAUAAACUAUGCUAGAAGUACAGGUUUUAGAGCACGCAUAAGUAAGUAUUGUCGGUCAAGACGUGAUAAUUCUAUUAUUUCUCGCCAAAUUGUUUGUUCUAAAGAAGGUUUUCGGGAAAUGAGGGUGAAGAAGGAGAUAAGUGCAGAUGAAGGAAAAGCCAAGCGCCCUAGAAUGAUAACAAGAAUUGGUUGCAAAGCAAUGAUCAUUGUCAAGAAGGUAAAUUCUGGAAAAUGGGUGGUGACCAAGUUCGAGAAGGAGCAUAACCAUGAUUUACUAACUACAAAGAAAGUGCCUUAUGGUCAGUUGGAUAUUGGCUCUGGAAAAGAACUAUUCAAUUCACUAGAUGACAAUCUAGGGCCUAAUGGGGUAAAAAUUGAAGGAGAAUGUUAUUAUGGGACUCAAGGUGGUGCUUCUCGUGAAUCUCUAACAGUUCUCUAUAAUCAGUUAUGUCAUGAAGCCAUUAAAUAUGCACAAGAAGGGUCAGUGACAGAAGAAAUUUACAAUGUUGCCAUGUCUGCUUUGAAAGAGGCAGUGGAGAAGGUUUCUGCAGCUAAAAGAGGGAUUUUGAGGAAACAUACUUUUAUUGUUUCCCACAGAAGUAACUUUACUAACACGACACAAGGAAAAUCUUUGAAUGAGGUACAAUGUUCCAAUGAGGUCCAACUGGCAAAUACAGAACAGCAACUCAAGCUUCUACAGCAACAGCCAGUCAGUCUUGUGCUAAUCCCAUCGAACUUUUUAGGCAAUUCAGGCUCAUCUAAUUGUUCUACUAAAGGCUCGGUGAUGCUAAGUGUUCCUUCAAAUGGAGGGCAAGGUGGAGAUAGACCAGAAGAUUUGGAUUUGCCUACAGAAAACAAAAGGGAAGUGCAGUCAACUGAUAAAGAUAUGCAUGUUAAUGGAUCUGGAUCUUCCCAGAAUUCUCAGGAGGUCGGCGAUGGCCAAAUCAGCAUAAUACAGUGUAGCGACAGAAGCAUUUCUGGACCUUCAAAAGCAAAUAUGGUGGCUGUUCCUGCACUUCCAGUCACACUGUAUAUGCCUGUUAUGGGAAGCUUACCAACAGCUUGUGCAGCAGCGACACCAGGCAGGUCUUACACACUUGUGGCUACUCCUGUCGAAGCACUCCCUCUCUCUUCUUGCCCUGCAGAACAACCUGUCUCGCAAUCGCAGAAUCUAGCUCCAUCUGGUCACUCCGACCAAUAUAGAGGGCCCAACCCUUUAGUUCAUGCCACUGCCAUUGCAUGUGGGGCACGUGUCGUUCCUCCCAAGGCCGCAGCAUCUUUGAUCAGGGCCAUUGAGGCCAAGAUCAAAGCCAAAGGAGUCACUGUAACUAAAUCAUCACCUCAUCCUCUUGAGGAGAACCAAAGAGAACAUGAACAAUCAAUAACAAAGUCCGAACCGUUGCCAGAGGAGAUGGAACUGCAUUCUGUGGGUAGGAAUACCACGGAAAAUGAAAACAGCGCAGAGGAUUUAUCGGUGUUUGAGAAGCAUAGCAGAGGAUUUAUCGGUGUUUGAGAAGACACCUUAAGCAGUUCGUCAAGCUGUUAUUGACCAGUAGGUUGACUUUACUAACAUUGCAAUUUUCCCCUCGUUUUCUAUAUAAGGAUUCUAGUACACGUCCUAGUGAAAUGUUUAGUUUAGCAUUCUGAGGAGGGCCUCCUGUAUAGAAUGAACCGUCCCUCAAAUGUGUGUGUUUGUGUGUCGAUGUUUUGCUCUAGCAUCAGGUAGAGCAUAAAUGGCUCAUUUGUAUGCUUUCCUCCUCAUCUUUUUUCUUUUCUUUUCUUUUUCUUUGUUCCCCCGUAUAAUUUGUGUAAAGUUUUUGUGUUGAGACUUGCUGCAGAUAAUGUCUGCAGGCAACAACUUUGAGCAUAAAACUAUGGGUGGGUUAAUAAGCCCCUCAACUUUGUGACUGACUUCAACUACCUCAAGUGAGUAAAAAGUAAUAAAUGAUGAAUAGCUUCUGAAA